GUUUAAUUAAAAAGGCGUUAUUAAUUAAAGCGUUCUUCAUCUUUAAAGAACGUUAAAAACGCAUAAAUUAAUUGUAAUUAAUUAAUUAACUUCUUUCUAUACAAGUUAAAUUUUUAAUAAAAAAAAAUGCGUGCUGUUACAGUGAUUCAUCAAUCAUGUUCAAGUUUUUUAAAAGCAAUUAGCCGUAAAAAACCAAUAUCGGAUUCAACUGAAUCAAGAUUAGCAAAAGUUUUAACAGCAUUCGAUUUGACUGCAUUAGGUAUUGGUAGUACAUUAGGUGUUGGUGUAUAUGUAUUAGCUGGACAAGUAUCAAAACAACAUGCUGGACCAGCAGUUAUAUUAAGUUUUUUAAUAGCAGCAAUUGCAUCAAUAUUUGCUGGUUUAUGUUAUGCUGAAUUUGGUGCAAGAGUACCAAAAGCUGGUUCAGCUUAUAUAUACAGUUAUGUAACAAUUGGAGAAUUUAUUGCAUUUCUUAUUGGAUGGAAUUUAAUAUUAGAAUAUGCAAUUGGUUCAGCAAGUGUAGUGAAAGGAUUAAGUACUUAUUUAGACAAACUGUUUGACAAUGUUAUGCAGAAUUUCUUUAAAGAACAUAUGCCAAUGGAUGUUCCAUGGCUAAGUGAAUAUCCAGAUUUUUUCGCUUUAGGAGUUACAAUAUUAUUUUCAUGUGCGAUAGCAUUUGGAGCAAAAGAAUCAACAUUUGUUAAUAAUAUUUUUACAGUUUUAAAUUUGGGUGUUGUAUUAUUUGUUAUUAUUGCUGGUCUUUUUAAAGUUGAUGCAUCCAAUUGGAGUAUACCAAAAGAACAGGUUCCCGAUGGUUAUGGUGAAGGUGGUUUUAUGCCUUACGGUAUAUCGGGUGUUAUAAAAGGUGCUGCAGUUUGCUUUUAUGGUUUUAUUGGUUUCGAUUGUAUUGCUACUGCAGGAGAAGAAGCUAAAAAUCCACGUAAAUCAAUUCCAUUUGCUGUUAUCGUGUCAUUGGCUAUGAUAUUUUUAGCAUAUUUUGGUAUUUCAACUGUAUUAACAAUGAUGAUACCAUAUUUUGAACAAGAUGAAAAUGCUCCAUUACCACAUGUUUUUAGAAUUUAUGGUUGGACUGUAGCUGAAUAUAUUGUUAGUAUAGGUGCUAUGUUCGGUUUAUGUGCCAGUUUAAUGGGUGCUAUGUUUCCAUUACCAAGAGUUGUAUUUGCAAUGUCUGCUGAUGGUCUUUUAUAUCAAUUUAUGGGUAGAAUAAGUGAUCGUUUUAAAACACCAUUUAAUGGUACAUUAAUAACUGGUUUUUUAACUGGUACAUUAGCAGCAAUUUUCAAUUUAAGUCAAUUAGUAAAUAUGAUGUCAAUUGGUACAUUAUUAGCAUAUUCAAUGGUUGCAAGUUGUGUUCUAAUAUUACGUUAUGAGAGCGAUGAUAAAAAUAAUAAAGUAACAAUAAAUGGUAAAGGUAUUCAAUUGAAUUCAAGUAGUGGAAAUUAUGCGGCAGCAAAAGUAUUAUUACGUAAAAUGUUUAUUAAAAAUCAAACAGCAACAAGUAAUCAUUUAUCAGCAAAAAUUACAACAAUAGCAGUAGCAUCAUAUGGUGUUUGGUGUCUACUCUUUGGAUUAGUUGUUUCCAAAUUUGAAGAAAAUUUUGAUCAAAUUUAUUGGCUUGAUUACUUUUUAUUAUGUUUAUCAUUAGUACCCAUUUUCACAACAUUAUACAUUAUAUCACGUCAACCAGUUUCAAGUGCACAAUUAGCAUUUAAAGUUCCAUUAGUACCAUGGUUACCAGGAAUUUCAAUUUUAAUAAAUGUUUAUUUAAUGUUAAAAUUAGAUUCUCAAACAUGGGUUAGAUUUGCCGUAUGGAUUUUAAUUGGAUUAGUAAUAUAUUUCACUUAUGGUCUCAGAAAUAGUGUUCAAAGAAGAAGAAGUCAACAAAAAUUCGAAACAACAAUUAUUACAGAAAAAAAUACAAGAUCAUUAUCAGUUCCUAGCAUAUAUGUGAACUCAAAUAGUACAACGGCUACAAAUUUCUAGUAUAAAGCUAUUUAAAAUUUAGAAAUUUUUAAUUAAUUUUUUUUUUAAUUUUUCUCUCAUAAAACGUUAAUGUAAAUCCUCUAUUUAACACUAGCAUUCUAAUAAUAAUUCAAUUAUAGUAUUAAAAUAAAUUCUUAUUAUUUUAUAUACAUAUGACUUAAUUUGUUUUUAAUUAUUAUGAAU